AUGACUACUGAUUUCAACUCGUCAUUUCACCAGAACGUUACUGGUAUGUUUAACGUGAGCACGUCGACCGAGAAGGACCAGGCCGCGGAGCAAAUCGCCGCAGUGAAGCAGGUCUUCUUUAACAUCCAAUACUUUAUGCUGCCAUUCUUUCUCGUCACCGGGAUUUCUGGAAACUCAAUAACCAUCGCUACGAUGCUUUCAUCGAAGUUCGAGCACCUGACGUCACGCUACAUCCUGAUCUUCAUGGCGCUGUCGGACACCAUGCUACUAAUCACACAGCCAUUCAACAAGCUCUGGGUCAUCCGCCUGUUUGGCGUGGAUUACCGCGCUAUCUCUGAGCUCUCCUGCAAGAUUUUCUUCGUGAUUUUUCGGUCGGCAAAAAUGACAUCGUCGUGGCUGGUCGUACUGCUAUGUUAUGAGAGAUUUGUCGCGGUCGUGUUCCCACUGCAGGCUAAAUCAAUUAUUCGGAAACGUUUCAUGUUUCCUGCAAUCGCCCUGGACUACCUGGUCAUGUUUACGUACAAUUCUGUUUGGCAUUUCUCCUCCGGCGUGGUGAGCGGCAUCUGCAAGCCGGACAUACCGAGUUUCAAGCAUCAGGUGUUCGUGAUCAUUGGCUGCACGUUCUACUCGUUUAUCCCGACCGCCCUUCUGCUAAUUUUCACGCCACAGAUCAUCGUCCGCCUGCUGCGACACUCGAGACUCAGGCGCCAUAUCUCGACCUUCAGCAAGCAAGCGGCAAACGCCUCGGCACGAAAGGAGGAGGAGACUGUCCGCGCUAGUGUCAUGGUACUGGGCGUCAUGUUGGCCUACAUCGUUCUCAUCAUCCCUAUUACCACCGUCCACAUGUACGCCUUCUCCGCAGGCGUCAGCGCAUUCGACGUCAACAGCCUAGGCUUCUUCAUCUAUCGCGAGAUCGCCCAGAUGCUGGAGCAGAUCAACUACGCCGUCAACUUCUUCUUCUACGUGCUGUGUUCCGGAGCAUUCCGGCAGCGCGUCAAGGAGUUGCUCUGUCUCGAUGCAUGUUUUGAGCGCCAAAAAGAGCCGAGAAGCGAGAGGAACCGUAACAAGGAGCUGGGAAGCGAGUUAAAGCAUUAUAACGGGCUGGGAAGAGCCGGGAAGCUGGCGGAAGUGUCACUUAGAGCCGGGGGCGGGUGGAAGCGUCACAAAGAGCGUGAUUGUGUAAAAAAAGAUGCUGAAAUAAUCACAAAGAACCGGCGAGCAAGGAGAAGCGUCACAAACAGCCAGGUUGCGUCACACAGAUCCGGGAAGCAAAACGAAUCGUCACAAAGAGCUGGGAAGCGGGAGGCAGCGUCACGGUGA